GAACAUUUCUUAGUACCGUCCGGUGACUGAGCAGAGAUGGCGGCGCCCAUGUGGAUGUCUAGAAGUUUGCGAGUCCUGUCAAAGACAAUUCAAGACACGUCGUUGAAGCUGUGUGUGCAGCGGCGUAUCUACACAUGUCACGGUCAGCCAACAUUACUCCGUGGUUGCAGCUCAGUCCAUCCUGUCUACCUUCACACUGGAACUGUUUCUGAUUCACAUUUCCCUUCCAUUACAGUGACAGACGAGCCAGACACUCUGUUCCAGAAGUUGACAGUGUUGGUUAAAGGCCACGAUCGGGCUGUUCUGGACAGUUAUGAGUUCUUUGCGACUCUAGCAGCAAAGGAGCUUGGCCUAACACUGGCCAAAGUUUUCGAACCACGGAAGAAGAUAGAGAGACUUACGCUUCUGAAGUCGAUGCACAUCUUUAAGAAACACAGAGUUCAGUAUGAAAUGAGGACACACUACAGAUGCAUUGAGAUUCAGAGGAUUACAGGUUCCACUGCAAGAGUGUUUCUGGAAUAUAUUCAGCGCAAUCUACCUGAGGGCGUGGCUAUGGAGGUCACCAAGACUGCUAUAGAGACCGUUCCAGAGCACAUCCAGAAUCCCAUGUGGAAUCAACAGAAGCUGGAGGAGCAAGACAGCCAAUGAGAAGCUCCUUUUGUCAUUGUGACAUCACUGCAGUCUCUUUGGAGAUUGAGAUGGUGAAGAAUGCAGGACUUCUGCUCACAUUACUUCAAAUUAUAGAAACAUGCUGGUUUUGUACACAUGACAAAUUAAAUAAGAACAGCUUUGACGUUGUGUGUCUGAUAUAAUGUGUUUAUUUGUAAACACGAGUCAGUCAUUCUAUUUACAUUAAAAGGUUUAAAAGUUCUGCUUUCUUUUUGCGUGAUUGUAACAUUUUGGAAAAACAUGUAUUACAAUGGGUUUGAGGAGAUGGCUAUCUGAAUAAAACACCCUCAAUAUAAUG